UCCGCAGCUCUGCAAAACAAACGAGGAAAACGCUGUGGUCCAGUGGCUUCAGCGGCUUCAGCAUGUCCGAGUACCCGCUGUUCCAGUUGGGAAAACCACGCUUCGACCAGAACACAUUUUUUGGUCGCUUCCGACACUUCCUGGAUGUGAUUGACCCCAGCACUUUGUUUGUCAGUGAGAAACGACUUAAGGAGAGCAUUGAUCUCCUCCAACGAUUUAAAGAAGGAACCCUGCCACCUGGUGUCACAAAUGAACAGCUAUGGAAAGCCCAGAAGAUAAAACAGGCGAUCAUCCACCCGGACACAGGGGAGAAGAUCCUGAUGCCCUUCCGCAUGUCAGGUUUUGUCCCCUUUGGCACACCUGUGGUUGUGGGACUCCUUUUACCAAAUCAAACCCUCAUGUCCACCAUCUUCUGGCAGUGGCUGAACCAGAGCCAUAACGCCUGUGUGAACUACAGCAACCGCAACGCCUCCCAGCCAAAUCCGACGUCAGCGUUUGUGUAUGGGUACCUCGGAGCAGUGACCAGUGCUGUGUCCAUAGCUGUUGGUUUAAACGUUUUAAUCCAGAGAGCCAAAAGUUUCAGCCCCACGAGCAGACUUCUGGUGCAGCGGUUCAUCCCCUUCCCAGCAGUGGCCAGUGCAAAUGUUUGUAACGUGGUGCUCAUGAGGAAGUCGGAGCUGUCUGAGGGGAUCAGUGUCCUGGACCAGAACGGGAACGUGGUCGGGACAUCCAAAGUUGCUGCAAAAUAUGCACUGCUGGAGACCGCUCUGACUCGAAUUGUGAUGCCGAUGCCCAUCCUGGUUCUACCUCCGAUGAUCAUGGCUAACCUGGAAAAACUGCCGCUCCUGCAGGGAAACCCCAGACUGGUGCUGCCCAUCCACGCUCUGGUCUGUCUGGCCUCAUUCGCCUUCGCCCUGCCCCUCGCCAUCAGCCUCUUCCCUCAGACCUCACAGAUCUCUGUGGAAAAACUGGAGCCAGAGAUCGGCGAAGCAGCAGACAGUAAGAUCGUUUACUACAACAAAGGACUUUAACACAGGACAGCCACUCAAACUGCGGGAAACAGCUGGACUCGAGAUGCAUUUGACACAUGUUUGUACAUGUCUUAAUGAUGCUUUAGUGACGGUGGGAACAGGUGCUCAAUGAACUCUCUGGUAGAAUGUGAAAUAACAUUUUUAUAAGGACAGAGAUUCAAAAAUAACAUUUAAACUGCACUGUUACUAUAUUUCUGUAAUGUAAUUUUACUCGCAACUUAAAAGUAUGGGGCGACAGUAGCUCAGUUGGUGUGUUUGUCCACUGAUCCGAAGGUUGCCGGUUCGAAUCCCACUCUCGACGUAGACAUCAUUGGUAGAGCGUUUUACUGACUACUGUUGAUGUGUUCUUGGGCAAGACACUUAAUCCACCUUGUCCUUAGUGUCUGUGUACAUUUGUGCGUGUGAAUGGGUGGGUGGUUUCUAGAUGUAAGGCUUUUUGAGUGUCUUAAAAGUGGACUGCGUUAUAUAAAAAUGUGACCGUUUACCAUUUAAUGUCACUUUUAAAAAAAUCUGAACUUCCAAUAAACAACUGAGUGCUAGUAUACAAUAGUGAAAUACUGUAUGCUCUAUCAAAAAGCAUACAGUAUUGACUUUUUAUAAUCCGAAAUUUGCUUUGUUUAGUAUUUAUUCUUAUUGUCCGGGACCAUACAAACACUUUAACCUUAAGAAGAGAAGAUUUAUGAUAUAAACAUGCUCUAAAGAUCUCCAUAACAACCUAAUACCCUCUAAUUGCUUUGUUGUUAAUUGAUGCUUGUGUCAGAUCCACACCUCUCGCUUGAAUGUUGUUGCUUCCUCUGCUUUGCUCCUCUGUAGAGACUCACUGUAUUCACGCUGUAACCGCUGACUCAGAUCACUGGAGCUUUUACGCACAGCCUCCGUUUCUCCUUCAUUAGUUUAAACUGACAACAAGAGGGCUAACUUAAAAUAUCAUAACCUUCCAGAAAGUUACACAGAACAAGGAAAAUUACUUUGCUUUCUGUUUUUUUUUUUUUUGUAUUGUAUUUAAACUAUUGUGACAAACACGCACGUAAUACAAUGAAGAUGCCAUUUAGUAAAUAUCCUGUAAGAGCAUGUGCUGUUGAUGAUGUGUCCUUGGGCAAGACACUUCACCAUAACCCCAGUUUCAACAUGUGCAAGUGAAAUGUUGAAAAUAUUGAUUUGUAACGAUUCAAUUAUUGACACAGGUUCUACCGUAUUUAUAGUGUGUUGCAGAGUCGUUAGCACUUUCGCCUCACAGUGAAUACGUAACAUUGAUUUUUGUUGUGAUCCAUCAAAGCCUUUAUAUGUGUGAACUCUGGAUGUAUUGACCUUUUUGACGGCUUUAAAUUGCCCAUAGCGGAUGAGUUGAGUGGAUGUCUUUCAGUGUGUUUAGCUCUGCGAUUUGCAAACAGUUUGGUAAGAGGCCGAGACGGGCAUCAUCCCACCUAUGUGAAAGACUAUAGACCAGUAAUUGGACAGAUUUUUGUAUUAUAAAGACUGGAAUAGAAAGGGCAUCUGAUCUGAAAUGUUUGUCAAAUUUAUGCUCAAAAACGAUAUGGUAGAAUUCAUUUCAUGUGCUGAAAAGAACGAUAAAAAUAAUGCAAAUAUCACUGUUGCAGAUUUGAAAUACAUUUACUUACAAACUUUAUCCAUAUUACAGUGUGAGACAUGAGAUGGUUGAAAUGGUUUGUACUAAAUGAGGCUUGUGUCUCUUUAAAUACUUUAAAAUGAUAAAAUUAAAAACAUUCUUUAAUGCUUUAGAAUGUAAAUGUGUCUUAAGUAUCAACAAAUCUCGCAUUUAUUACAUAUUUGUUGAGGUUUUAAUAGCUCCGCAUACUUAUUGUGAGUGGGCUCGCCUCUUUACAGACCUGUACGUGUCAUCUCGACGUCUCCAUGGCGAUUUACAUAUUUGUUUUGAUAUGGACAUGGCGUCUAUGUUGGACAAACAGAUGCAUAGUUUCGCGUGUUACAGCAAAAAAACUCAAUUUCAGCACCUGUUCAUGUGACAUUUUUAGAGCAUUUCAAACUGACAGAUACGUUUUAAUGCCAUACUGUGGAACAUUAAAUCCAAAGCAACCAGGAAAGCUGUUCACCUUUAACUCACUGUUCUAAAUACCCCUCUUUACCAUGUAUAUUUGCACCUGCAGUGAGUAUAGGAUUUCCUGGAAAGUCAAAACAGUGGAGCUGCUUCCUUUUGGGAUCACAGAUGUCGAACUUAUUGUGUGUUUUUCUCACUGUCUGCGCGAGGACCGGCUAACCGUGUAUUUCUUUUGCCUUUUCCGCCCCGCUCCUGUGUGUCGGCUCUUAGCUUACAAAACACAACACCGGGGUCAGACACGGCGCUCAUCUCUGAAGCUUUAGGGUCAUUACCACAAAUUCCUUCCGCUCUUUCUGACAGAUGGCUGUGAAUGGGCCAGCGCACAAUAGUAGCUACACUUUUAGCUCCUUUUUUCCUCAAACGGGACGACACCUUGAUGCCCCCUUUUCACUUUUUGCAGGAAUUCGGAGAGCAGCACCUGACACCUGCGUGGCUGCAUUCCUCAUCACCACUUUUGUCGAGAAGUGUGGAUGUUCAAAGUUGUUGGGAAAGAUGUAGGAUUUGGGGAGCAAUUACCGAAGUUUUUACGUGUUUUACACUUUGGUAACUGUCCAAAUUUUUCAUCAUUUUGAGAUCCAUGAAUAGGUAAAGUAACAAGUGCACAGGCAAUUUCUAAUUUUAUUCAUUCACUCUCUCUAGUUACGGUUAAGGUUAGUAUUUAGGGUGAAAAAUAGGAGAGGUGGACAAUAUAUCGUUGCCAAUAUCCGUAUCGGUGAUGUCAUUUUGUUCGUUUUUUCCUAUAUAUAUAUCGGUGUCGUCCAAUACGGAAAAAUCCCCCGAUAUCUCCUACUAAUAUUUUUUUUAAAGCUUCCAAUAAUCUGAUGGUGCUCAUAUGUCAAUCCCAGUUUAUCCUCAGUGCAUUCGAUGAGUCUUUUUAAACUGAUCGCUUAUUUAAAAUGGAAUUGGCAGAGGAAUUAUUAAUAAACGGUAAAUCGUCACAUUUUUAUAUCGCGCUUUUCCACCUUCAAGGCUCAAAAAGCUUUACAUCAAGGAACCACUCGCUCAUUCACAUUAACAAUCCUACAUUGGUGUGCACAGAUAAUGAACUACUGUUGCCCCAUGAUGAGAUUAAGAAGGCAAAUAUCGGUUAUCAUCACCAGUAUCAGUUAAUAAAUACAUAUAUUGGAUCAUGUCACAACUCAAGAAUAUCUUCCCUACAACAGAAAAUAGCUUUGAUGACGUGCCUGUUUUCAAGGUCCGUAAGCGAUCAUUAUACAGUAUUUGCUCUAAAAAUAUGACCCUAUUAUCCCUCUUUGAUCCACAUUAAAGUUACCCGCUGUUCCUCUGCGAAGAAACAAGCUGAACACGAUCGCUUUGUCUCUUAUUGUGUAGGUUUAAUCAAAGUCGGCAGCAGCCUGUUUCACACGUUUCACCUGGAGCUCACGAGGAGACAUAAUGAGCGAAGAAGGCAGAUUGGCACCAGAACGACUCAGUAUUCGCUCACAUUCUUUGUACUAUGACAUUACAGGAAGUGAUAUUUUAACGUAUAUUUUAAUGUCUUACAAAUGCGAUAUUGAUCAGUGGUUUAACUGUGUUUUCAUUUUUGGUGCAAACUCUGAGCACAGCAUCCAAACAGACACUGGAGGGCGAGGUGGGUUAAGUGUCUUGCCCAAGGACACAACAACAGCGUUCAUCUGUGGGAGCUGGAAUCGCGCCGUGAACCUGUGGAUCUGACCGCUCGGCCGAUGACGUUAAUGUCGAGAGCGGGAUUCGAAUCGCUAACCUUCAGAUCAGUGGACACUUUACCAACUGAGCUGCUGUCGUUCCUUGUUAUUUCUACUCCCUUCCUAAUGAUGCAAUAUUUGUUUUAAAUUGUUAAUCGCUAUGGCAACUGCGCUAAUCAUUCUCAAACCCACGGAUAUGUGCAGCUGUCCAGGCGUGUUUGGACGUACAUUUGCAGAUUGUUUUUCCGCGUUACCUCUGUCAAUCCAAUGUGUCUUGAUGUGAAUGUUUCUUUCUUUAGAAGGAGAACAAAUGUAUAUAAUAAAUUGAUGCAAAUGUGUACAUC